AUGAGUGACACUACAGAUGACAGUACCAGAAGAAUCCAGAAGCUAGAUACAUCAGUUGUAAACAAAAUAGCAGCUGGUGAAAUUAUCAUCCAACCAGCUAAUGCCUUAAAAGAAAUGUUAGAGAAUUCCAUUGAUGCAAAAGCAACCAUGAUCGAUAUCUUAGUAAAAGACGGAGGGCUCAAACUAUUAAAAAUAACCGAUAAUGGUAAUGGUAUUCAUAAGGAUGACUUACCUUUGUUAUGUGAAAGAUUUGCGACUUCGAAAUUAAGAAAAUUUGAAGAUUUGGAAUCAAUUGCAACUUAUGGAUUUAGAGGGGAAGCACUUGCUAGUAUUUCUCAUAUAUCUCGAUUAUCAGUAAUUACAAAGACCCAGGAUUCAAAAUUGGCAUAUAAGGCGUUUUAUAUUAAUGGGAAGUUAUGUGGAUCUAAUUUCAAGCCCUCAAGUUCAAAUGUUGAACCGAAACCAACUGCGGGCCGUGACGGGACACAAAUUAUUGUCGAAGAUUUGUUUUAUAAUAUUCCAUCAAGACUACGAGGAUUGAAAUCGAAAAGUGAAGAGUAUGCCAAGGUUUUAGAUAUCGUGGGGAGAUAUUCGAUUCAUACUGGACAUGUAGGGUUUAGUUGCAAGAAAUUUGGUGACCCAAUUCAACAAUUGAAUACGCGUCCUGAUUUACCGUUAAAAGAAAGGAUACGAAUAGUGUAUGGUUCGGAAGUUGCAAAUGAAUUAAUGUUUAUUGAAAGUGAUAAUACCAGUGAGGAAUUGGGAUUAGGAAAAGUGGUUGCUGCUAUUACCAAUGCAAAUUUUAACAAUAGGAAGAAGAUUCAACCGAUUUUCUUCAUAAAUCAUCGUUUAGUUUCAUGCGAACCUUUGAAGCGUGCCAUUAAUUCGGUAUUCCAAUUUUUCUUACCAAAGGGGUCUCAUCCAUUCUUUUAUAUAAGUCUAGAAAUCAAGUCAGAAAACUUGGAUGUCAAUGUGCAUCCGACUAAACGAGAGGUAAGAUUUUUGCAUGAAGAUGAAAUUAUAGAGUUACUUGUUGAUAAAGUGCAUGCUACGUUAUCAAGUGUGGAUACGUCACGUAAGUUUAAGACCCAAACUAUAGUUUCGAAAAGACCACAAGAGGAAAUGGAAGACGUGACAUCAUCAACCCAAAUCAAGAAAUAUCGACAAGAAAACAAAUUGAUGAGAGUGGAUGCAAGUCAAGCUAAAUUAAGUUCAUUUUUAGCGCUGCAACCAUCCCAAAGUUAUCAAGAACUGAUAAAACGAGAAUUUACAUUCCGAGAAGAUUCAAUAAUUGAAGGCGAAGACCCAGACGACUCGUCACUAAUACAACCAACCCAGAAUACUACCAUUGAAACUAAUGAUAGGCCACGAGUGCAAGUUAAUUUAGAAUCAAUAACCUCAUUAAAACAGGAAUUAACCGAAUUUAUUGAUAAGCCACUCACCAAUAUCUUCAAUCAUGCAGUGUAUGUAGGUAUUAUUGAUCCAAUUAAGCGGAUUUGUUGUUUUCAAUACGAUGUUAAGUUAUUUAUGUGCGAUUAUGCUGCGAUGCUACUAGAGCUUUAUUAUCAGAUUGGUUUACAUGAAUUUUGCAACUUUGGAGAAAUUCAACUAGAUGAGCCAAUUCCAUUGUCGACAUUGUUGGCUCCAUUAUAUAAUGAAGAAAGAAAGAGCGAUCUUAAACCGAUGGAAGAAAUAAUUGAAAAUAUCGUCAGGAUGAAAGACAUGUUUUGGGAGUAUUUUCAAAUAGGAAUUGCUGAUAGUUGUUUAACUACCCUUCCUAUGAUAUUACCGGGAAUAGAACCCGAUUUCAAUAAGUUGCCAUAUUUCUUAUAUCGUUUAGGUACCCGAAUCAACUAUGAAAACGAAAAGGAAUGUUUGAAAGGAAUUCUAAGACAAAUAGCCUUACUAUACCUUCCUGAACCUUCUGAUGAUGAGUCAAAAAGGUGUGCAUUGGAGUUGCAAUUGGAGAAUAUCUUAUUUCCGGAAAUAAAGAAACAAUUGUUGGCUCCAAGGAAUUUACUAAGAGAUGUAGUUCAGAUUGCAGAUUUACCUGGGUUAUACAAAGUGUUUGAGAGAUGUUAA